CACUCCAAGAUGGCGCUGAUGUUUCAAGCGACCAAUAGGAUUAAAAAAGCCUUUGCUCUCAUCAAUGAAUUAGAUGCUACCAAGUUUUCAAGAAUACUCACUAGAAUUCUCCAAAAAUUGCACUUAAGGGAUGAAAGGUCAUUUUCAGAAGAUGAGGAAGAGAAAUUACAGACUGCUCUUGGAUUAGAAAGUGAAGAUGUACAAUUAAUUUUGGAAACAAUAGCAUUCAUCAUAGAGCAGACAGCAUACCACUGUGCUAAACCAACAGUUCUUGAACAACAACUAAAGAAUUUAGAGCUUGAUGAUGACAAGGUGUCGGUUUUUGUCAAAGCAUGGGCAACAAAUGGUAAGGAUGUGAUUGAUCAGUUAAGGCAAAGAACUAUUGCCAUAAAUCAGCUAGAAGAUGUGAGCUGGAGAUUAAAUCUACAAAUGGGGCAGGCAAAGAGCAGUAAAAUGAAAAUACCAAAUGCCAUGCUUGAAUUGGAUGUCAGUAAUGACAAUGGAGGUGAAGACAAACUCAGAAUGGAAUUCUCACAUAAAGAGCUUUAUGAAUUUUAUACCAAGCUUGAAACAAUACAAAGUCAAUUGGAUUCCAUCAGUUAAUAGACACUGUGCAGAAAGAAGAAUUAAUCCUGAUGUAUGUACGACAAAUUGGCUGCUUAUAUUCUAAUUACAUUUACAAGCCUGUAUUCUAUUAUCAGAGAGUCUUUGUAAACAAUAGUGAAUCAUGUACUGUGCACAAUUUUCACCAGUUAAUAAAUUCAAUGUACUCAUCAGACUUUUAAAGGGCAGUGGUUUUCAUGCCCUGUCCUGUUCAAUAUGGGACUUGUAGUGACGUAUACAACGCGUGUAAAAUACAUUGUUUAUACAUAUGCUGUGUGACAACUAACGCUCUUCUUAAUGUUCACUACACUUAGUACCUUUGACUUUAUUCACCAAAAGCCUGCAUUUUGAGAAGCACAUACAUUGAGCAUAUGGAAGAUUUCAGGGUGACAUUGAUAAUAGAAAUCACUUGUAGACAAAAAUGCAUGGUCAGUUUGAUAUAUUUUAAUAGGGAACCAUAUGAUCAGUAGCAUCAUGCAAAGAAGGCCGUUUUAUUAGCAUGAUGGGAGAAAACAGUGCUGUUCUGUGUAGACAGUUGUAGGAACAUAGUACACUGUAGUAUGACAUAUUGUUUACUAGUACUUGCUUGUAUCGAAGACUGCCUUUCAUGCACUAAUACAAUGUAAUAUGAAAUUAAUGAAUAAAAGAAAAGUGUUG